AGAGAAAACACAAGUGUCCGACAUUCACACUGCACAGAGCAACCAGCAGCUGAAUUGAGUCUCCGCGGUUCUCAUGGUGUGUUUAAGUGCAGCCUCCUGCCUCAGACUCUCCACCAGUUGACUCAGACUCUGUUAGUUUCGUGUUGAAUCUGAACCUAUAAGAAACAAUGGCAGAAGAGGCUCCAGCUCCCGCCGCCGCCCCGGCUAAAGCCGCAAAGAAGAAAGUUUCCAAGCCGAAGAAGGCUGGCCCCAGCGUCAGCGAGCUCAUCGUUAAGACUGUGGCCGCAUCCAAGGAGCGGAGCGGCGUGUCAGCAGCCGCCCUCAAGAAGGCUUUGGCUGCCGGAGGUUACGAUGUGGAGAAGAACAAGGCCCGCGUCAAGACCGCCAUCAAGAGCCUAGUGGCCAAGGGGACUCUGGUCCAGGUCAAGGGGACCGGGGCCUCCGGCUCGUUCAAGAUGAGCAAGACGGUUGAAACCAAGGCCAAGAAGCCCGUAAAGAAAGCCGCUCCUAAAGCCAAGAAGCCCGCCAAGAGCCCUAAGAAACCCGCAGUGGCUAAGAAGCCUAAGACAGCGGCAGCCAAGAAGACAGCAGCCGCUAAGAAAUCCCCCAAGAAGGUCAAGAAGCCCGCAGCGGCCAAGAAAGCAGCCAAGAGCCCCAAGAAGGCCACCAAGAGCCCCAAGAAAGUGGCCAAAAAGGCUCCUGCAGCCAAGAAAGCUCCCGCAAAGAAGGUCGCCAAACCCAAAGCCAAGAAGGCAGCAGCCAAGAAGAAGUGAGCUGUCAUCAGUCUCAACAUGUGAACUUGAUCAAAGGCUCUUUUAAGAGCCACACAUCUUUCUGUAAAGAGCAUCAUCCCAGUUUUAAUAUGUUUAAUCAGAUAGUGUCUCAUAUGCUGCACAAACUGAUGAAACUGUGACUUUUGUUUUUUAUUCAGAAGUGUUCUUAUGUUUAAGAUAGAAUACAACUAUUAACAUGAAGUCACAGUUUGGCAGGAGAGGGAGCUCUUUUGUUC